GAGAGAUCGCUUGAAUCGUGUUAUUAUAGUUAGUGUUGGCUCACACUACCACAGUACCACGCCUCGGGCGCAAAAAACAAAGCUGCCUCGUAAACAAUUUACCAUCACCCGUCAUUCGCGACGCGAUACCUGUGUUUGGAUCAGUGCGUGUUUGUAUUGUGUAUUGUGUAUCGAAAAAAAAAGAGAAAGAAGACCACAUAUAUGUCUCUAUAUACCAUACCCAAGUGUAUACAUAUGCAACAAAAACUCGGUGUGUCUCUGUCUAUCUGCCUAAAGUGGUCUGCACAGAGCCGAGGAGAGUGAGAGAGAUCUAAAACUCCAGGCGAAAAUUGACGGGAAGCUGGGCCGAAGCCGUGGAUCACCACUGACCGGGUUCACACCGCGCUCGUUGCAUACACCCAUCUUCACCCCGGACAAUCCGGGACAGCAGUGCAGCCGUGAAAAAGUAAGAUGGCCGCGGCGGGAGCGUACGUACUCGUCGACGUCCCUUCUGCUGCUGCUGCUGCACUACCUACAUUACAAGCAUUGCCGUGUUCUCGGGUCACCAGCCAUCGUCGGCGUCAAUUCUAGAAUGACCUUCCGCAUGUCCACUGGGUCCCUCGCCAACCUGACCGACUCCUCCUCCGAGGCGAAGAGAUUAUUAGACUGGAGUUUGACAAAUGCGUAAGGACAGACCAGAUCUUUGCGACGUUUGGGUAGAGAAUAGCGAGCAGCUCUUCCAGAUGGACGGCGGCCCACGCCUGAAAAUUAUCGUCGAGACAGAAGAUGAUUACACGUAGCCGCGCCUGAAGCAAAAGACUGCUAGUUGUUGUUUUUUUUUUUUUUUUUUUUUUUUUUUUUUUUUUUUUUCCCCUUCUCAAAAUCUUACGAGUUAAAGUUUGUACAUAACGACCCGAUGGAUGAAAAAGUGCAAGUGCCUACAGUGCAGUGAUAUAAGUUCCGUGAAUGACACGCAGUGCCAAAGUUGGAGAGAAAACUCCUGAAAGCCCUUCCUUAGUUUUUGUUGGGUUUUGCCCCCCUCUUUGAAUUAAAAUUCAAUGUGUUGGGUGAUGGAAAGCUGUUGAGACUCUGAAGUCAACACCAAAGAUAUACAAUAAAUACUCUGCACCUCAAUUGACGUUUGCCGCAAGUUUAGGGUAAGGGUCGGUGGUGAAGCGGUGGUUGGCCGCCGAUGUCCUCGCCAGCGCGGCCCAGGGCGCCAGCAGCCGCCUCGUCGAGCCCAGGACCGUUGGUACGAGGAGAAGAAGAAGAAGAAGAAGCGGCUAUCGGGCCGGUGAGCUGGGACAGUAAUAGCGAACCGACGCUGCUGGGGCCACCGCGCUCCAGGAACAACGGCACUACGGAGUCGCUCGGUGACGGCAGUUGUAGUGGUAGCUGCGACAGGUACAACAACGGCAACAACAACAAUAGACAGAGCAUCGGCCGGACGUGGUGGUGGAGCGGGAAAAACGAGAGCAGCACCGGGUGGCGGAGGAGAGGAGGUGUGAGCCGCGAGAGGCCGCGCUGCAGGCACUGCUGUUGCUCUGCCGCCGCCAGACAGCCCGGCUCUGAAUGUCUUCACACAUACACAAGUCGUGUGUGGGGUUUGAAGCGACAUUGAGCGACAAGAAGAAAAAGUACAUUGACAAGGUGAAUGCACUUUUGGCCGGCUGGGAGCAUGUCACCAAUUACAUUGCCAGUUGCCCCGAGUCGACCCAGUCUCUCAUAGAAUGGGCCAACGAGCACACGCUCCAGCUGGUAUUGCGCGGCGAGUGGCCAAAACUCGCGGCGGCGACCAAGACCCACUUGAACGUGACGUUGCAGCGGUGCGUGGCGCUCCUCGGCCAGCAGCAGCAACCGGCGCCGGCGAAGCGCUGCCAGGACCUUAUCGAGCUCGUGCAGAAUCCCUGGGCCAAGCCGGCCCUCGUUAGUAUACUCAACGACCACCUCAACUCGGAACAUGAGGAGGAAGAAUUUUUCUACCAAGAGAAAGGUGAAUUAUUAAAGAUGAGGCUGAAAAUACUGUGCGAGGACCGCUGCGAGGACAUGGCGGUGAACCUCGCAGCAGCUUGCGUCCGCUCGUUGCGGCGUAACGAGCGCCUACGUUCGCUGACAGAUCCCAGCCAGGUGCACUACAUGAUUGACGUGUACGUCGUACUGCUUUACAAGCUGAAGCGCACCCAGGACAUUGUCGGUCAGCUGAAGCUCAUGGAGUUGAAGGACGGGUUGGAGCUCAUGCAGAGAUUGAGCGGGGAGAAGCCAACCAAGUACGGGACGGCCCGGGUAUGGCGCAACUCGAUGAAGGUCGCCGAACUGGUGGCCCCCUACCUCGUCACGAUGGGCAUGAUCCGGCCCGUCGUCGAGGUCGGCUCGGACACGUUCGAGCAGAUACUCAACUCGUGGGCCCUGCUGCACGCCAAGAGCAAAGACGACGACGGGGCUGCCAUGCUGCCCGGUAUCGUUAGGAAGCUCAGCGAGCCGGCCGAGAGCGCCCAACACAUUUACAUUUUUUGCGGCGUCCUCGCUCGCCACUUUGGCAGCGCGAUCAAGCCCCUGGUGAUCGAGCUCUACAUACGUGCCCUCACCUCGGACAUGAACGAGCUGGAGAAUCAAAAGUGCAAGGCGAACAAGGAAAAGUCCCAGGAGAUAGCCCGAACGCUCAGCCAGGAGUUCCUCAAGCUCGCCGACUACGUGCACGAGAGCGUCGGCAUAGCGCGCGAGUGCGUGCUCACCGCGUUCUCGCUGCACCCGACCCGGGAAUGUUACGAGCGUAUCAGGGAUUUGGCCGUCGCCUGUGGCAAAUGCAGCCGCGAAGAGAAGAUUGAGAUUAAGGUGGAGCCCGAAGACGAGUCGAGGAGUCAAGACGAGGCUCAAGCGGCGUCUACGGAGAACGGGAUGGGAGCUUCGAUGCCAAUGUCGUUCGACACGUUCACGAUAAAGAAGGAAGAGAAGCCAGAUCCCACACCAGCCGAGGAUGGUUCUUUGUCGCAACAACAACAGGCUGUCCUCCCGGUGAUAACGACAGAUUCGAUCGAGAGGAGGCCCUCCGAUAUGGGAUCGUUGGUUCAGAAAUCGUCCAUUGUCGACAAGAAGGGCCACCAGGAAGCUUUGAUCCUGAUAAAAGGCGACACUAUGACUGGUUCGGCUAACUACGACGAGAAAGCCGUGCCCAACCAGAUGCUGGACGGUGAGAAGCUGGGCGUCAGUCCCCAGGUGUGCGACGAUCUGGCAGUCGUGCUCAGCAGUCAGCGCUAUCACGUGCUCACUUGGUGGCUGGACUGGAAGGAGCUGAGCGAGCUCUGCGAGAGGUACUUGGAAAACGCCGAGGAGAUGCGCAACACGAACCGGGAGCUCAAGUACCUGAACAUCGAUUACUCGCAGUUCAAGGAUCGCCCUUACGACGACAACUCGGUCGACGACCAGUACAUCGGCAUCGAGAAGGGCUACGAGCGGUGGAACGACUCGGAUUAUUCAGAGUCCGAGGCGCACCAGCAGUCGCUGGCGGCUAAGGCGACGAGGACGCAAAAGAGAAGCAGGAACUUCGACGACAGCUCGGACACGGACAGCGAGAUAAUCUUGGCCACGCAAAAGCGCCGUAGGCCGAGGAAAGUGCCAAGGUUGGAGUCAUCGGAGAGCGAGUUCGACGGCAGCAGGCAUCGAAGGCCUGGGCGCUCGCUCAAGAAAAAAGUAAUACUCUCUAGUUCGGGAGAGAGCGAUAUCAAUACCCAGGAUAGUCAGAUGAGCGGUAGUUUGGGGAGCGAUGGUUUAAAAAGGACCUCGAAAAAGCUACUCUCGGGGGUUCGUGCUAGGCCAAAGAAGUCGGUGACCAAACGCAGACCCAGGAAAACGAAGCUCCCGGUCGACUCGGUCAAAAAAUUUCAUAUGCUCGUCAACGAGAACGUUCGGCCUGCCGCUGAGAGCAACGUUACGGCUGACGCGAGAAAUGGCAUAAUGACCACAUUGUUCUCGGUUGACACAGACGAGAACAAGUGCGAGACGAUCAUAGACGCCGCCCAGAGGAUAAUCUCCGAGAAGAGGAGUAAUCCCGAGGUCAUCAAGUCCCUGCGGAUGUUCAGGCCGCACGGCAAGAAGCUAUCCCAGAUCAAUAACGAGAAGGCCGAGCCACCGAUCGCCAAUGGGAUCCAGCCAAAGCGGGAGAACGGCCAUGUGGACGAGAACGAAUCCAAGCUCAAGAAGUUUGCUCCCAUGCUGAGUACCCUCAAUCUAAACCCCAAGAUUUCGCUGAGGAGGGUCGACGACAAGGUGCCGAAAAAAUUGUCUGUGCAACAGAAGAAACGGAAAAACAAGCAGUCGGUCGUCACUGCCGGUGAUCUCAGCAAUGAGCUUAGGAACAUCAAAAAGAGUAUACCCUUCACUAAAAGCGCUCUCACCAGCUUUGCUAAGCAGAAGGCACCGGCGAGGCGUCGCAAAACAGUGUCUCCGAAAUCCGACCUCGCCAAGUCACAGCUCACAGACAUACUGACGAAAACGGUGCCGGGCAUGCAUUCGAUGGAGUUCUCGGUGCUGCCUCGCGUACAGUCGACCGUCAACGUUGUACAACUGUCGCGCAACAAUUCUCAAAAUAGUCCCAACUCGGCCAGUACGACGACAGCCUCGGGUAAUACACCACCUCGUGGCAGCAGUAGUGCGAAUAAUCGGAGUAGUAGUACGAUACAGUUGCCGGGCACGCCGUCGUCUACGAGCGGGCACGACAGUGGCGUAGGAAUGAGCCCGGCAGGCCAAACACCACCACCUGUCCCCAGGCCAUCGUCACUUCAGGAUGUGGGCGAGGAGACGAAUCCACCGCCAGACACAUCUCCGAUUCAAGUUGAUUCGACGAAUACCGUGACGCUGAAUUUAGCGGAUGGCGAGAGAACGGUCGCUCUGGCUGUCCUAUCAAGUCCGAGAAUCGUCUCUAGUCCGUCGUCCAAAAAAUCCCCCUCUCCAUCGACAAAUAACACCAUGGAGCAACAACAGCAGCUCGUUCUUUGCAAACCAGAUGGCACGUACCACCUGGUGAGUCCUAGCAUCGUCACAGGCCAGCGAGGAAUCUUGUCGGUUCAAAAUUUCGAGGAUGGAAACAUUGGCUUUACCAGACAAAUACCGAUCGUAACCGUAUCCGGCUCCGAUGGCAAGUCGACUCAAACGCAGACCACCAGGAACACUGGACUACCGAAAUUUCAACAGGCGUUCGGCAAGACCAUCUGCGCCUUAUCAACAGAGUCCACGGUUGUUCCAUCAUCUUCGGCACCUGACGCGCGUGAUGCACCAGCUGGAGCAGCAUCCAACGUCCAACAGCAGCAGCCUCAGCAGCGCAUAGUCAACAAAUCAGCAGCCACGGUUUCAUCGAACUUGGCAAAGACCGUACCAACAACCGCGCAAAACGUCAGCCUUGCCAACAUUCCGAACCUCCAAGUGUCUCAGAGCACGCGGCAGAUUUUAAACCUCGUUCAGAGCGCCGUGUCGAGUAGCACCGGCUCGGGUGCUACUGGUCAAACGGUUCAGAUCGUACCGAACUCAACACCUGGUGUCAUCUACACGCACAAGAUUCCAGUAUCGAUAGCUGGUGGAAGCACCUCCGGCACCCAGUUGAUAUCCAUCCCGGCUUCCCUGUCAAAUACAAGGUCGCCUGUCCAGGUGAAACUCAAUAUCAUUAGAACGGCGCCCUUUCGUACUGCCGGAGGCGCGAUCCAGGUGUUGACUUCGAGGAUCCAGCAGCCCCAGCAAUCCCAAGCGCAACAACCGACCGUCGUUAGGUCUACGGAUUCAUUGAUUAAUUCGACCAUGGAUAUACCAAAUCAAGUAAGCUCAUCAACGUUGGAACAACUGCGAGAGUUUGAGAGUGUAUUGGAACAAGUGAAGGAGCGAGGUAUCAGCCAGUCGACAACAGCCGACACAACGACAGUACAGACGCAAACUCAGACCGUACAGAGCAACGCAAAGUCCCAGGGUCAGCAGGGUUCGGUCAAUUCGCUGACGCAACAGCUGCUCAUGCAGCCCUCACAAUCACCCAGCUGUGCCGUCGAGUUUCCCAGUAAUGUCAAUAUUACAUUCCAACAACAGCAGCAAGAGGUGUACUCGCAAAAGGUAUCCCUGAUGACGUCGACUAAGACGAACGCUAACUCUUGCGCUGCGAGUGGCGCAACCAACGCCUCGCCCGCUAGCAAUAGCACGGUCACGUACUGUCAGCCCGCGGCGUCGCCCGCUUUGAGCGUCACCUCGCAAAGCUCGUCGAGCCCCUGCGUCACCCCGGCGCCCGCCGCUACGCCCUCGCACACUCCGACGAGUAAAUCCCAGUCGUCUUCCAAAAGCGCGAAAAAAGCCGCCCCCAAGACCGUCAAAGCAAGUUCUCAAGUGGCAGUGAAAACGCCACCGAUGCCUAAAACAACCCAGCAGAAGCCCCAAGAGGAUCCCGAGACGACGCAGAGGAUAUACGCGAUCUUGGGCCAGUACGCGGAACAAUUGCGCAACUCGCCGGAUUUAAACAAUAAGCCAGCACCGCGCAGACGCUCGAACCCACCCACGAAUCCCAAUCAGACAUCCAAGCGCAAAAAGUCUGGCUCUGGCAAAUCAAAGUCAUCGUCAGGUCAGACUCCCGAGCCGAGCCCCAGCGCUGACGACCCUUCCCGUACCACGGGCAGCGAGGAUUCGAGCGGAGGCGGUGCUGGCAGCGGUAUCAUCAGUGGGACUAGUGGCUCUGGGUUGAUGCACAUCCAGGACAGCCCGUCGGCUAGCUUUUCCGCGUGCGAGGAGACCCUCGCUGGUGGUAGCAACAACAACAGCCAAAGUGGUACCAACGAUAAUGCUACCCUUGGAAACCCGAAUGACUCGAGAACGUCAAAUACGACGAGCGAUUCGAACGACGGCGUCGAUGUAACCACCAAGAGGCGGAACAUCAUAUUUUCCGAAUCGAGUACAGGCGUAGCAAACCAUGCGCGAGCCGUAAUCGUCCAGGAAGCAGCGGUGCAGUCGAAAAGUAUGGGCGAAGCUCUAGCCUCGGUUACGGGCAAAAUGACAACGGGAACGGCGGUUCUCGUGUCAGGUACGAACUUCAUGCUCCCGAUGAACUUUGUUAAAAGCGGCCAGCAAAUCACCGUAGUCUCGGGUGGCUCGAAACUCCUCGCGGCUGUUCCCGCCGUUCGCUCGAGCACCGGCGCCUCGGGCGCCGUGUCCAACACUUUCGUCCUCCAGUCGCUGCUCAAUCAGGCCAACAAGGUCAUACAGCAGCAACAUCAGAAACAGCAGCAACAAGCGAAACUGGCCCAGACGAGCCAGAUCAUUAUACCCCAGGCUGGGAGCGUGGUGAGGUUCGCGAGUGAGGAGCUUGGCGGCGACAAGUUCGACGAUUCGAGCAAGUCGGGCGUCGAGGCAAAGUCGCCGACGAUCGGGCUGCUCCAGCACUCGGGCGUCAUCACGACCAACCCCAAUAUCGGCCAGAGGAUCUUCAAUUCCUCGGUCGUGAAGCUGCCCGCGAAGGUCGAUAGCGCUCAGCAGACGCAACAAGUCGUGUGUCUGGCGACGCCAGCGAUCAAGGAGGCGCUAGCCGAUACGAAUCAGAAGGCGGCAACGAUCGCGCUGGCGUUCGCGUCGACUAAUGCGGUUGACGGCUUGGCUCUGCAUAAAAAGCCAAAACCCGACGACAUUCGUACGGCUGUCGAGGAGACGACCAGGCCGGUUGUUGUUAAUCAGAAAGAUAACUCCGAGCAAUCGGUGGUUGUCGCUGGUGUGAGAGCUGAUUCGCACAGUCAAUGCGAUGCCAGUGUCGAAGCUUCGUUGGGCCACGAAUCGACGUCACUAGUUGCUGCGACAGUACCGGCAACAUCCAGCCCAGUAGCGGCAAACUCGUCGGCAAGUCUAGAUGCCACCUCGCAGUUUCUCAUAGGCGGUGGUCCAAGUAGCUCUGAUAGCCAAGAGUCGGCCUCGUCAACGGUGCCAAGCUUAGCUCUGGAGAACAGCAGUUUGGACGAAAGCGCAAAGGUGGAAAACGGAUUGUUGUGCGGCAACGCACGGCUGCAGGAGGCCUGGGAUCCCUGCGAGGAACGGAAAACUGGCGAGUCGUCGCCCGACACCACGCCCUGGCGCUACAUCCCCACAAAUUGUGCCACGAUGGAGGUGGACCAGCAGCUCAAGGUACUCGGUAGCGACUCGGCCGGCACAUCGAUGAACAACAGCGUGCUACAGAUAAUCGAUAAAGGCCAGGGUGUCGAAAUGUCGAGCAGUGGCGUCUUGACAGCGGGGACGACACUGACAACGUCGACAACGACGACGACGACAUCGACGACGUUAACAACGAAAAAGUACUUCCACGUUGGCAUCAACAAUUCUGUCGUCGAGCCGUACCAGGGAACAAAAUUCACUGCGAUAGCGAAAGGUCCAAAGGUGUCGCAACAGCAGCAGACGGCAAGCCCGAGGACAGCCGCUGAGCAGGAGAAUCAGCAGAGAUUGAUGGAGCGUAAACAACAGAUGAUCGAGCGCGAGCUGAGGUUGCAGAAAAGCUUGAGCGAAGAAUGCGAAGACCUGGGGGUCGACGAACCCAGCACGAGUGACCUCUUUCCCGAGGCCGAUCUGCAGCUGUUUGAUGCAAAUCACUCACCUGCCUACGAUCACUUGUCCCAGGAAGCUACCUGCAGCCAGAGCCUAAACAGCUCCACUGGACCCAAGUCCUACGGCAACACAAAUGUAUCGUUCUUCAAGUCACUGGAUCCUGUUGUGACCUCGAGUGCUGGUAGUAGGGGCGCGAGUCCGGUAACGGCAGCCAUUCCGGCAGUCGCUGCCUCGACCGUCGAGCUGAAGAGGAAACCGCAGCAGAGGCGACCUGCCAGGCCGAAGGCUGAAAAUACCGCCAAGCGAAACAAGCGUAGCUUAGAUUCCGCCGACCACCGCGGCACAACCAUGGCUAAACAGCUGAGGCUGAGCUUGGACGACGCAUCCAACAGUUACUCCGAUCUCUCGCAACUCUCCCCAGCCGUCGUCAACAACGAUCUUGUGCCAAAGACUGAGAAAAAUAACGUUGAUAAAAAUCGCGAUGACAGGCCUAGUAGCAGCAGUAGCAACAGCAGCAUCAGUAGCAACAACAACAACAGCAGGCCGAUUGUCCUGGACGCGUCGUCUCGAUCGAUUGUUGGGGAAGUGGCUAGGCGUGCGGUACUUGGAUGUAACAACGCUGUUUCCUCGACGGCAGUUAGUUCUGGAGAGGAGGACGAGAGCUUGACUCUGCUGGAGGAUACCGCUGCCAAUAACGUGACUAUUCCGUCGCCGCUGUCGCCCAUCGCUGGGCCAUUGCUCAUGACGCACAGAUACACGUAUUCCAACAGCAAAAAGCGGAGCCUGCCUGUCCGACGGGCCAGCGACUUUUUCAAUGAUACGAAAUCAACGAACCUUAACUGGGGUAGCCCAACGUCGGAGCGAACGCGAUCGAGCUCCGACGACGAGAUGAACGACGAGGAAGAAAAUGAUGAGACGAGCAUAAUCAAGUCCUUUGUUUCGAAUUUAGAGCUCGAUGGAACGGAAAAUUCUAGCAUCGGCAAUGGUUUAGGACCCGUGAGUUCUGCGAGACCGGCGCCAUCGGUGAAGGUAACACCCGUCGAUCACGCCAUUUAUCCGGUUAAAAAGAAGACACUGUCGAUGCGAAGAAUCACCGUUAAUCACCGAGAAUCAAAGCUGAGCAGCGUUAUAACCGCCAAUUCUGCAACCAAAAGAUUGAAAACCAUCAUGCCGGGAGUAUCGGCAACUCUAACACCAGCCACGACCACCACUAGCGAGAAUGAGUCGUCGAGUCCGGUGCCCGCAGCUGAUAAAAUAUACGACAUGAACCCGUCGGACGACGAAGCCUUGGCGACAGCGGCUAUCGGUAACUCUAGGUUCAGUGGAACAGCUAGCCCGAUAGAUCACUGCUCCACCGCUCGCAGAUCAAGCUUACGGGGACACGUGAAAAAGGGCUGUGGCUGCUGCAAUGGCUCGCCAGAACGGGCCAAGCCUAAAAAAAUUAUGAUGACUAAACAGCCGCAAGUACAGCAGCUGCAGCCUGAUGGGAGUGCAGCGGGAGCUACUGUUCCUGUGACGCCGACCGCUAAAUUGAAGAAAGCUCCGAUGAAGCAGCUGCAGCAGCAGCAGCAACAGCACCACCACCAGCCAAAUCAGCAGCAGCAGCAACAACCACACCAACAACAGCAGACCAAACAGCUUACGAAAAAAAGGUAGUCUUAGCCUCAACGUGUCCGCUGCUACUGCUGUAGAUUCUCCCUUGUUCGCGAGACUCGUUACUGCUUUCUCGUUGAGGCUUCUUUGGUAUCACGGCGGCAAGUCUUUGUUUUCUGGUCGUUCUUGUGGAGCUUUCCAUCACUUUUUUUUGUGAAAGCAACGCAUCUCGUUAGUUUAUUUGAGGAUGCCUGUUUUUCGGCUUUCGGUGACCUUUGCAUUUUCAAAGAUUCUUACCGAUGAAUACCUCAAAGUGUUUAAUACUUGGCAUCGUAUUGUGAAGCUUCGAUUAUUUAAUGGAUAUACUUGUUAAUCAACCAUGUAAAUCUGUCUUUACGCAAAUGUAUCUCAGAAGCGUAUUUACACUGUUAUCUAUUGAAUUCUUAAAAAGCAUUAAACACUUUUUUUUAUUCCAUCAAAAAAAUAGCAAUGUCAUCGUUGCAAAGUUUUUAAAAACAGCAUUACUCGUAUCACCUAGAAUCAUGUCUCUCCUUGAUACUUUGAUGUAAAGGAUCUCCAGUGUACAUAGAAAAAAUAUUAAUGAAUCGUGUAAGACGUAAAUUCAUUUAAUGACGAUUAAAUGAAAAUCUUGGAAAGAGUUAGAAAAAAUCAGUAGAAACGAAAAUUUUUAAACUAUACAUACAUUUAAAAAAAUCUAGGCUUACGUACGUAUGUGUAUACAGUCAUAAAUUAUUAUAAAUAAAUGCGCGCUAGUGCGUCAUCCUUUUAAAAAGUAAAACCAAGUUUAGGUGUUUAACGAUUUAUUAAGCAUUUAGGCGACAAUUAAACGAGAACAGUCGACAAAUAGUACGAAACUUUCUCAGAAUAUAGUUAACAUUAACUUGUGAGCGACAUGUAAAACAUAAUUUUGUAUGUAUCGUGAAAAAAAGUUUUGUUACUAAUUCAUUUUAUUAGUAAUUAGAUUAUUUUUUUGUGAGUUAUAUAAUAUUUAUUGAAAAAAGCUGGUUUUGUAAAAUGAGAACUAUUUAAAUGUCAAAGUAUUCUUGACAUGAUUGGACAUAAUGAACUUGUAUGCUUUGUCUUUCAUAGAGAACGAAGUGAAUAACUGAAUGUGUUUCAAGAUAUAUAAAUGCAAUCUAGUCAAAGGGAUGAGUGUUGAGAAACUGCUAAUUUGUAUGUGUAUCCAUGCAUAUGCAGGCAAGUUCAAGAUUUAUUUAAUAAUUCGUACAAACGAAAAUAUACGUAGAUAGAUAGAAUAUGUUGUUUCGUUACUGAGGGAUGAAUCGAAAAAUUUGAGCUUACAUAAUUCUCAGCCCUUUUCUAAAAUCACAAUAUCUUGCUGUAAUGACCUUUCUUUAGACAAGAAUUGUCAGGAGUAUAUUGGUAGCCAUUCAACGAGGAUUUCAUUAGCCUCACGAUGAUGAUGAUGAUAGCAAGUGGUCUCUUGUGUGUAUUAUGUGGUAAAGAUUGAAUUUCGUUAUUUUUAUAUACCGACUUUUUUCAGUUUUUUUUCGUUAAUGCUAAGAAAACGGAAAAGAAUUAGCUUCAACCUCUAACUGCAUCACAAGUUAUUCUUUUUUCUGUUAUAUCGAGAUUAUUUAAUUUAUUUGAUUCUAUUAUACUUAACUUUUCU